AGUAAACAUGGUAGCCUCCAUGGUUGUUGUAAGAUCUGUGUUUAGACGUCUAGUUCAUUCCAGAUUAUUUUAUUAAAGGAUUUAUCAACAAUUGCUUAAACUUUUGUCCAGAAGUGAUUAACCAGCUACUAAAGUGAUUGGUCGACAAAGUUUGAAAACUUUCUCCCAGUGUUUUCUUCUCAAGGCAGCACCAUGUCUGCUGAUAGGGAGGAAUCUUCUAACCAGAACUCAAACCAGCCACUCUUUCAGCCAAAUGAGGAAGCUGUUUCUCAAAUCAUGAGCCUGGGAUUCUCUCGGAAUGCAGCCAUUAGAGCCCUCUUCUACACAGGGAACCUUACAGCAGACCAGGCAGCAGAUUGGAUACUAGAGAAUACUGACAAAAAUCUUGACACACCACUAGAGGCAGAUCUCCAAGGCACAAGUGAUAGCAGUGACGAGGACGACUUCCUAACCUCUGAUACAUUCAAGAUGGUGUUUGUUGUGAACAGUGAACUUAACAUGGGCGUGGGUAAGGUGGCGGCUCAAGUGGCGCAUGCAGCCCUCAAUUUGUUCCGGAACAUGAUGGAAGACGAGCUCAAAGCAGAGAUGUUGAUGGCCUGGGGUCAUCUAGGGGAAACAAAAAUAGUUCUGCGAGGGGAGAGCACUCUACAGCUGGAGACUCUGGCAGCACAGGCCGCUGUCCUGCAGCUGGACCACUUCCUGGUCCAGGACGCUGGCCACACCCAGGUGGCCUCUGGCUCCAGGACGGUGCUCGGUCUGUUUGGUAAAGUAGAGGAUGUCAACAGGGUGACAGGGAAUCUCAAGCUGUUGUAAAAAUGUUGUGUUUGUUUAGGUGCCACUCUGUUGUGGGGUACCAUUAGCCACUGUCAGUGGUUUAUGACCAAUAAGUUUAAUUAUGGUGAUUAAAGCUAAAUUUAGAGGUAGCAUUCUACACUGUCAGUAAUGUUAGAGGGUUAGGUUUAUGGUUAAUAAGUUCAAUAAAGGUAAUUUAAGCUAACUUGAGAGUUACUGCUAGCCACUGUCAGUGAUGUUAUGUAGAGGGUUAGGUUUAUGAUCAAUAAUUUUAAUUAUGGUAAUUUCAGCUAAAUUUAGAGGUAGCAUUAGCCAAUGUAAGUGAUGUUCGAGGGUUAGGUUUAUGGAUAAUAAGUUUAAUAAAGGUGAUUUUAAGUUAAAGCAUUUGGAGUAAGGCUAAUUCUAUUUUUCUACUGGAUGUUUGUUCAGUCGUAUUAUUUUAUGUAGUUAGAUCAUUAGAAAUAAUUAUUUUUUAAGCUAAAUGAUUUGGUUAUUGAAAUUUUUCAGUGAAGGCAUUUAUAGGCUUAUGGUUAUUGAUAUGAUUGAGUCUACUGGUACCCCAUAAUGGAAGAGUUCUUUUUAAUUUCAUCUGGUUGAAUUUAGCCCUUGUCUUUUUAUGGAGUCAGAGGAGACGCCACAGUAAAAUUUUAUUCAAUGUUCUAUAGUCAUAUAUUUUUAGCUUGGUUAGUGAAUUAUGCCUGAAGUAAUUUUUUUAUAAGUGAGCAGGGAGAGUUCUGUCCCCUUUGUAAUAUAUUUUUAAAAAUUUGAAUCAUUUCAUACAAUGUUUAGGAAAAAAUUGUCUCUUAAAAAUACCUAUUUAUAGUUUCUCCAUAAACUGUAUUGUUAUACUUUUUGUCAAGACAUCCAUUUGCAUUUAACAAUUAUAAAUAUUUAUAUCUUGUCAGUAAGGUGAGUGGUGAUGCAGAUGUGUCUAAUAUCUCUUUUCGUCAGUUAAAUUACUAAAACAAUGUUUUCUUGGCAUUUUUACUGCAGGUCUUAGAGUUUGAAUCCCAGUUAGAAUUAUGUUCAU